AUGUCUGCAGAACAAGUUUUGAAGUUGUUGGAUACCAACUGGUUUGAGAUAUCAAUUCUCACCAACCACAACAAAACAUCUUCACCUUUACAUUCAACAACGUUACUAGAUUCAACCUCAAAGUCCGGUGUGAAAGAACUCAUUUUUCUAGACACAAAACUCCUUAGAAUUCCAACUCUUCAAGUAAGGUCCUUUAGCGACGAAAACUUAGGUUCCAAGAUUGGUUCUUUCUCUGAUUCUCUUUCACCAAACUCUGUCCUUUUACCACAGAAGCUAAAACCAAUUCUCUCAGGUAAAGAAGUGAUAGAAUUCACACUGGAAAAAGAAUCAACCGAUGCGAAAAAGGCGAGGCGUCGUAGUCAUAGAACCCGGCUCAGAAAAGGUAAGAAAACUAGUCGAAGUUUCUCAGAGCUUGAGUUUAAGGAGCUAAAAGGGUUUAUGGAUUUGGGAUUCAUAUUUUCCGAGGAAGAUAAAGAUUCAACAUUGGUUUCUUUGAUACCUGGAUUGAGCAAAAAACAACACAAUGUUGAUGAUGAAAGUGGGAUUUGUAGGCCUUAUUUGUCUGAGGCUUGGGAUCUUAUUAGGAAAAGGAAAGAUGUGAGUCCUUUGCUUAAUUGGAGAGUACCAACUCUUGGCAAUGAGAUUGAUAUGAAGGAUAAUCUCAAGUUUUGGGCUCACACAGUUGCAUCCACUGUGAGAUAA